AUGCAACAACUCCCACCAGCAAACGAUUUUGGCGCAACAUGGUCCUUUUUAGAAUCAGGCCUCGACCAAAUUAUGAACCGAUUGGAGGAAGGCCUUGAUCGCACGCGUUACUCGUUGCUUUACAGUGCUGUACACAACUACUGUGCGCGCGGCACACCUGCACAACCCGCUUCUACCUUUGGCUCUGGCCCUAUGAACCAGCGAACCGCUACUUACUUGAUUGGCGCCGAGCUUUACAAUAGCUUGAGCAAAUGGUUGGAGGAUCAUCUUAUCAAAAUUCGUACGCAAUCUGAGGAAUACAUGGACGAGGCUCUGCUACAGUAUUAUACCAGGCAAUGGGGCCGUUACACGACCGCUGCGCGCGUGGUGAACAAUAUCUUCAUGUACCUUAAUCGUUAUUGGGUGAAACGCGAGAUUGAUGAAGACCGAAAGAACGACGUCUAUGAUGUUUUCACUCUCACCUUGGUGUGUUGGAGGCGUCACAUGUUUGAAUUCGUCCAUCACAACGUCAUUGCAGCAGUACUCAAACUUAUCGAGCGAGAACGUAACGGCGAGACCAUCGAAACCAGCCUUGUCAAGAACAUUGUCGACUCACUUGUUUCUUUGGGUUUGGAUACGACCGAUUCAACAAAGUCCAAUUUGGAUGUCUACAAGGAAUACUUUGAAGCACCAUUCAUUCAGGCGACUGAGGUGUACUAUACCACUGAAUCCGAGAGAUUUAUCACUGAAAACAGCGUACCGGACUACAUGAAAAAGGCCGAGGUCAGAUUAAACGAGGAGCAAAACCGGAUCGAAAUGUACCUCCAUGAGUCGACACAAAAGCCUCUCAUCUCCAAAUGUGAGACCGUUCUCGUCAAGAAUCAUUCAGAAACACUCUGGGAUGGAUUCCAAAGCCUUAUUGACCACGAUAAACAGGAUGAUUUACAUCGCAUGUAUACACUUUUGGCACGUAUUCCCGAGGGAUUGGAUCCAUUGCGUGUGCGAUUCGAAUCACAUGUCCGUAAGGCUGGUUUGGGAGCCAUUGAACGUAUCGAUCAGCAGGAGUCCGUUGACCCUAAAACAUACGUUGAUGCAUUACUGGCGGUCCAUCGCAAAUACAACGAGCUCGUUCAGCAUGCAUUCAGUGGCGAACCUGGAUUUGUGGCAUCACUCGACAAGGCUUGUGGCGAAUUUGUCAACCGUAACGCUGUCUGCAAAAAGUCAUCAUCGAAGUCUCCUGAAUUGCUUGCACGCUACUGUGAUUCCCUCUUGAAGAAGAACGCCAAGAAUGCCGAAGAAAGUGAAUUGGAGGAUUUGCUUAACAGCAUCAUGACCGUAUUUAAAUAUGUGGAGGACAAGGACGUGUUCCAAAAGUUCUAUUCAAGAUUGCUGGCGAAACGUCUUGUCAAUGGUACAUCUGCAUCUGAUGACGCCGAAGGCAGCAUGAUUUCCAAGCUCAAGGAAGCCUGUGGUUUCGAAUACACAUCCAAGCUUCAGCGCAUGCUUACCGAUAUGUCAUUGAGCAAGGAAUUGAACGAGCAAUUCAAGGAUUUGGUUCAGCAAAGCUACAACACUGGUGGUUCCAAUGUCGAUUUCAAUAUUCUUGUGCUAGGUGCUGGUCAAUGGCCUUUGCAACCACCCAACACCACCUUCAAUUUGCCCGAAGAUGUUGUCAAAACAUAUGAUCGUUUCCAAAAAUUCUAUCAAAACAAGCAUUCUGGUCGCAAACUCAACUGGCUUUUCCAAUCAUGCAAGGCUGAACUCAAGACAAGUUACCUCAAGGCGUCAAAGACUGGUUACACCUUCCAAGUGUCAGCGUAUCAAAUGGGAGUUCUAUUGCAGUACAACAACGCCACGAGCUACACAUAUGAGGAUAUUCAACAAAGCACAGCACUUACCCCUGAAGCAUUGAAUCCUGCACUGGGCAUUUUGAUCAAGGCAAAGGUGCUCCUUUUGACAGAGGGUGAAAAGGUGGGCGAUAGCGGCAGUCGUUAUGAUCUCAACUUUGAUUUCAAGAGCAAGAAGAUCCGUAUCAACUUAAAUAUGCCAAUGAAGACCGAGCAAAAGGCUGAAGCCGAUGAGACUCACAAGACGAUUGAGGAUGACCGUAAAUUCUUGAUGCAGGCUGCUAUUGUCCGAAUCAUGAAGACUCGCCGAGUGAUGAAGCACGUCAACUUAAUCGAGGAAGUCAUCAUGCAACUCCAAUCCCGCUUCAAGCCUCGUGUAUCAGAUAUCAAAAAGUGCAUUGAUAUUCUUUUGGACAAGCAAUACAUCGAACGCAUGGAAGGCGCCAUGGACACAUACAGCUAUGUUGCUUAA